GUGAAAUCCUUAGUACGCUGCUAGCAAUUGUUGCGCCAAGAACGCUUAAGAGUUAUUCUACAAAAAAAAGUGAAAUUCGUUAGUUAUUGGGCUUCAGUGAGAAUCUAUCGAAACAUUUAUUGAGCAAAUAUGGACACUUUAUACAUCGGUAACCGAAUAUUUGUCAAUUCGGAACAGUAUCCGGAUUUUUUUGCUGGAGGAAUUUUGGUGUCCGGCGUUGAUGGAAAAGUGACGUUGAUUCUGGAGUCGCCAAAAGACGUGGAUCAAUAUCUGGAGUACAAUGAAGCUGAGGUAUACGAUUUCGGUGACCUGGUCGUGAUGCCGGGCCUGAUCGACUCGCACGUUCACAUCAACGAACCGGGCCGGACGGAGUGGGAGGGUUUCCACACGGCCACCAAGGCGGCUGCGGCCGGCGGUUUCACCACGAUCUGCGACAUGCCGCUGAAUUCGAUCCCGCCGACGACCACCAUGGCCAAUCUGCGCACCAAGAUCAACGCCGCCCGUGGGAAGAUCUUUGUGGACGUGGCUUUUUGGGGAGGUGUUGUUCCUGGUAAUAGCCACGAGCUGUGCGAUAUGAUACAGGCCGGAGUCGUCGGAUUCAAGUGUUUUUUGUGUCCGAGUGGGGUGGACGAGUUCCAGCACGUUGGGGAUGAGGAUCUACACAAAGCUCUGCAGACGAUGGAAGGAUCCGGAUCGGUGCUGGCAUUCCACGCCGAGGUCGAGUGCAACUCGCACAACCACAGCCACUCCCGCGAGGACAACCCAAAACAGUACCAGACAUUCCUCCAGGCUCGUCCGGAUCAGAUGGAAGCCGAUGCCAUCAAGUUGGUUUCACGCCUGUCCCAGCAGUAUGACGUCCCGUGUCACAUCGUCCACCUCUCUUCGGCACGAGCCCUGCCCACAAUCCGAGAAGCCCGUUCCAACGGAGCUCAGUUAACGGUGGAAACGUGCCACCAUUAUCUGUCGAUCGCCGCCGAAGAGAUUCCCGAUGCCCACACCGAGUACAAGUGUUGUCCACCGAUUCGCGCCAAAAGCAACCAGGAACUCCUGUGGCAAGCGGUCUGCGACGGGGACAUCGACAUGGUUGUGUCCGACCAUUCGCCCAGCACUCCCGGUAUGAAGCUGCUGACGUCCGGUAAGGAUCGUGGCAACUUCCUCAAAGCCUGGGGCGGCAUUUCAUCGGUUCAGUUUGGGCUGCCGCUGUUCUGGACCAACUGCCAGCGGUACGGUUUGGAAAUUCCAGAUGUGGUGAGGCUACUCUGCACGGAACCGGCCAAGAUGUGCGGGCUGGAUCUGGUCAAGGGACGGCUGGAGAUCGGAUACGAUGGAGAUGUUUGCGUGUGGGAUCCGGAGGGUACUUUUACGGUGACAAGCGAUAUCAUCGAGUUCCAGAAUAAGGCCAAUCCGUACAUGGAUCGGAAGUUGCAUGGGGUGGUUCACGCGAGUUUCAUCCGCGGCUCGCCGGUUUACAGGCAGGAGGAGAAGUUCGGACAGCCGCUGGGCAAUAUUCUGAUGAAGAAGGGCAGCAGGAGGGCGGGGAAGGUUGAGAAGUGAUCGGUUGAUGGGAGCUCGCGAGUAUGUUGAUUGUAAAUUUUGUACAAAGUCUGAUAGGAUUAAAAGUAUUUUAGAUUGUAUGAUAGUAGAUUUUUAAGAGAUUUUUCGAUGAAUAAAUUCAUUGUUUUAAUAAGAA